AUGUCCAAACUUCGUCAAAAUAAAACCACUGGCUCAACUUUCUUAAAUACAAAUGAAGAAUUAAUUCUUAAAAAAAUUAAUGUACCCUCGCCAUAUGACAUAAGUCUUGCUCAAGUUUUAUUGAAUUUUGAACAAGCAGUAGAUGACACCAUUAAUAUCCCAAAGAAGCCCCCAAACAGCUUUAUCUUAUACCGAAAAGCUUUCUAUCAUACAUUGAUUAGCAAUAAUAUUCGUCUUUGCGCGAGUAAAGUUUCGAAAAUUGCAUCAAAAAAAUGGAAGGCUGAAUCCAGUGCAAUUAAAAAAGAAUAUGAACGAAUCGCUGACGAAAUUCGUGAAUGUUCACCAAAAUGUCUAUAUUCUCGAAAGAGGUCUAAAGAUAAAUAUAAAUGGCAUAUAUAUAAUAAUAACUCUGAUUUCUUAAAAAGAAAUAAAACUUGUAAGUUAGGAAAGAUCAAUUCAAACCAAAAAUCUUCUACUCGAAAUCGUUCAACUUCAGGUGCCCAAGAUUCGGCAUCCUUUCUAUUAGCAAAUGAGAAUGUCAAAACUUUUAUUCCAUCCACACCAACUGAAACUGUCAAUCAAGAAUUUGCUGCAUUCCGAUUGUUUAACAAAAACCUUGCAACAUACAAUAAUGAUAGACAAUUUUCU